UUCAGUUGAAAGAAUUUUUUACGUUGUAUAGUUGUGUACGACGGUCGUUUCGGCGCGAAGGAAUAGUGGGCAUAGCUAAAAUGCUGUACAGCUAAAAAGUCAAAAUUUUUAUUAUAAAAUUGUAUAAAACGGCAAUGAAAGCAAACACGAAUUUAUCCAAUAAGCUAUUACAACAAGUAUCUAUAUAUCAAUUCGGACUGCGGUCGCGUGCGUACGCGGGAGAAAAGUGAAAUUAUUUACUAUUGGCCAUUUAACUGUGUGCGUGCCUCACAAGAGCCGAAUAAACUGUUCCAGGGCGUAGGCGAGCCUUGUAAAAUCAGCACGAAACUGGCUCAAAACGAUAAACUAAGCUUCUUCCUCAAGAACAUGGAGGAAGAAGAGGAGGAGGUGACUGAUCUGAAGCUGCAGUUAUUCCACAAUACAGUUCGGGAACACAUUAUAUUUUUGCUUCUCAUCAUUUUGCUCUACUUUAGCUCCUAUGUGAUCGUGUCUCGCUUCCGACGACGCGAUCGCGACGAUCUCUACUCAAACGACGAGGACGAAGUUCUCGUCUAUCGCAUAAGCUUUUGGUUGUGCACCUUCACGUUGGCCGUGGCUGAGGGUGCGGCUAUGCUCCUGCCCGUUUCCAUAGCAAGCAACGAGGUGCUGCUACUGUAUCCCAACAGCUACUACGUGAAGUGGUUGAACAGCUCCCUAAUACAGGGUUUGUGGAAUCAUGUGUUUCUCUUCUCGAAUCUGUCGCUGUUCAUCUUUUUGCCCUUUGUGUAUCUGUUCUCUGAGUCGACGGGCUUCGUGGGCCACAAGAAGGGCAUCCUGGCCCGAGUCUACGAGACGUUCAUAGUUUUCGUUCUCAUGGCCAUCAUUGUGCUGGUGCUGACCGCCGUACUGAGCGCAGUGUUUGGCAUUGAAAAGUUCCAGUUCUUUUGGUUUCUAAAUUUGGGCAGUGUUCACCUGCCGUUCCUUUAUUCGUGUGUCUCAUUUCUGGGCGUAAUGCUUAUGCUGAUUUGCACGCCGUACGGAUUUGUGCGACUCUUUGGGGUUGUCAACCAGGUGCUGGUGCGGCCCAUGCUGCUGCGUGACGUGAACGAGGAGUUCAGCGCAUUCUACAUGGAGGAAGCGAGCGUAAAGCGCAAGCUCGCCAACAUUGAGCUUCAAAAUGUGAGCAUUUUGGAUGCGACGAACGGGACUCGUCUGCCCAAGACCAAUGGCAUUGGUCGCCCACCGAGCUAUCUGCCGCAGCCGCUGCUGCAACAUUCCCUGGCGCAUUUGUAUCAGCGCAAAACGCUUAACGGGAAUGUCGACGAGCAUCAGAUGCUGAACGAAAGACUGAGAGAGCUGGACAGUGAGCGCAAGGAGUUGGACAAGAUGCGCAAGUCGAGCACCUUUCAGCGCACUUUCGUCUAUCCGCUGGCCAUGCUGCUGCUGCUCUUCUGCACGGCCGUCACAAUACUCCUGGUGGUGCAGAACACAUUGGAGCUGCUCAUAGGCAUCAAGGCGCUGCCGCUGAGCACAAGGCAAUUUACUUUGGGCAUUUCGUCGCUUUCGAAACUGGGGCCUGUUGGCGCCGGCAUGGAGGUGUGCCUAAUUUUCUAUCUGGGUGCCACCUCUGUGGUCGGCUUCUAUAGCAUGCCUUUUAUGAGCAACGUGCGCCCGAAACGUCGCCAAACGUCGCUGCCGCAGCUGAUGUUAAAUUGCGGCUUCAUGCUAGUAUUGUCCUCGGCACUGCCGCUACUAAGCAGAAUCAUAGGCAUUACCAACUUCGAUUUGCUGGGGGACUUUGGUGCCAUCGAGUGGCUGGGCAACUUUCAAAUUGUCUUGCUGUACAAUCUCGUGUUCGGCACAACGACUGCACUCUGCCUGGCCAAUAAGUUUACUGCGACGGUGCGACGCGAGCUACGUGCACGGUUAGUGGAGAACUAUGUGCUCUUUACUAACUACAUGAGCUUCAUCAACUGAUAUUUAAGACGGCGACGCAACAAAAGCUCAACCUGGCAGCGCCAGCGCUACGCUGACCAGCUGCUCAGGCGCUUUGUUGAGUCGCCCCUGAAGAGUCUAACUAGUUUAUAUGCCAAUUACUACGACCUGAGUCGUAAAAGUAAACGCAGUAAUACCACCGCUAGUCGCCAGGCAAACCAGAUGGACUGUUGAGAGAAAUGUGGAGGUGAACCUUCCAGCAUGAAUAUAAUACACUUUAUACAGAACUGAUAUUGAUAUUUAAAUGUGGCGCUGUUUAUCGUUGUGCUUAAUUGUUGUAGUUAAUAGGGUCCCCAGAGGUGUACGUGCCGCAUUUCAAUUUUGUGUUCCCCGUUAAUGCGCGUACACCCAUCCCCACCACACAGACAUACUCGCACACAUUCAUACAAUAUUCACAUACGUGAACAUCUAAAAAAUGUAAUUUUAUAUACAAUCUUCGUGUACAACAUAAACUGCUGUCAACAGAAUAGGUUUAGGCUAAAUUGUAGGCGUUUUUGAAAAUUUUAUUAGUC